AUGGCGUGCCAAAAGAGGAAGGUGUUGCGGUGCAUAGAAAAUUGCAGUGCUUAUCCACCAAUGACAGAUCUUAGAGCUGUCACUCUCAAAUUUCUGCUACCCAACAGAAUGCCCCACCUUCAGCGAUGUGAUCCCAAAAUAGUAAAGAAUCUAAAACACUACUACAGGAAACACCUUAUUCCUAAGAUGAUCACCUGGUACGAUGCAGGAAAGGACGUGGAAGAGUUCAAAAUGUCCCUUCUUGAUGCAACCACAAUGGUUAAGUUUGCAUGUUCCUGUGUGAGAAAAAGAGACAACAAAAACUGCUUUUGGCACUGGGGAUUCAUCUGGUCAAGUGAUGCAGCAGAAGAAGAGGAAGACAUUGAUACAUAUGAUGAAGUCACACGCUUGCAGCAGCUGAACAUCAUUGACUCCGAAGCGAUCAUUAACGUGGACGGUGAUCUUGCUAUCACGAGAUGCCAGCAGAGCCAGAAAAUGAAGUUCAGGCUAGACAGGAAGAAAAUGAUGAUGAUGAUUGCAGACAGGAGUUACCAAUUGUAA